UCCACAGCUCUCAUCCCUCCAGAGAAAGAGUUCUAGCCUCAUGGAGGACAUUACUUUCAGACAGUCAAGUCCUCAAGGGGCACAGAGAUUCAAGAAGCCAUGGCUCUUGUGCAUAGCUGCCCUGGUCCUGGUGCUGUUCUAUACCACUGGUGCGCUGAUCUUUACUUCACUCAAGCUAACUGCCAAGGAUUCCUGCAUGGUUAAGUUUGAUCUAUUACCCCCAAAAUGGCAUAUGACAUCUCGUAAACCUUUUUGUGUGAAUAUGACAUCUGAUGGGAUGCUGAAGAUACUUCACAGUGGCAUGUAUUUAAUCUACGGCCAAGUGACUCCUGUUGCUGAAGAAUACAUAACAUACCAUGUACCCUUUAUAGUACAGAUUGUUAAACAAAAAGAUAUUGUUUUACAAACUGCAAAAGAUGAAAAUGAUGACUUUCAAAUCUUAACGCUAGUAGGGGUUCAUGAACUGAAAGCUGGAGAUACCAUCUAUUUGAAGUUCAACAGCAACGACCAUGUUGAGAAAAAUAAAACAUACUGGGGGAUCAGUUUAAUGCCAGAUCUAUCAUUCACUUCUUAGAAUUUUAGUUUGGUCUCCUCAUCUUCUUCAGUGUAUCUAGAGAUGCUGGGG